UUGGACAUUUUUAUUCGCUGUGGUCCUUCAAUUCUCAGUUUUCUUCAUCUGCGCGGUCGGAAUUAGGUCCCUAAUUACUGAGACAAAAUAUAUUAUUGCCAUCAAGAUGAUGCCUGUUCCCCAGUCAGAAUCUGCGGGGAUUGGCCCUGCCACACUGCAUCGUCCAUUCAGGUUUUAUGAUCCUGAGGUCAUAGCGGUUUUAACAAUAUUACUUGGACUGUUCCAAUUGCUUCUGGGAAUUCCAACUUACUACAUGAGCAUCAACAUACAUGUUCUAUAUAUGUGCCCGGUCUUCGUUGGAUCAGUGUAUGUGACUGCAGGAUCAUUUGCAAUGGCAUGUGAAAGGUCUCCCAGUAGACAGCUGUUGAAAAACUGCUUGUAUUCUGGCAUCUGUAGCCUGGUGGCUGGAUUGUGUGCCAUUAUUGUAUAUGGCUAUGCAGUCAGCGACAUUCAUUAUGUCCCACUUUGUGAUGCAGAGAAUACCACUUUGAAAAGUGACAGUUGUCCACGAGAUGCUUUUGUUGAUUUCUUCAUUGCGAUUGCAACAUUACUCUUUGUUUAUGACAUUGCAGCUCUCCUUCUUCAAUGCUUCCUUUCAUUCUCGGCUAUGAAAGGUCUGAAAAACAAUUGAAAGGAAUAGGCCCAUAUUACAUAGCAUAUUUAAUCAAAUAUACAUAACUCAGUAAUUGUAACAUUUGUCUCUUUUGCUUUUCAUUUCAUACUGUUAUAAUAUACAAAACACUGACCUUUAAAAAGUGAGCAUGGAAUUAUAAACUGUGAUAUGCAAAUAAAAAACAAACAAACUUAUAUACCUUA